GUCUGAAGAUCAGAAUCUGAGUUAAGUUUCCACAACUCAAUUUGAAGAAGAAGGAAGAUUGUUAACAUGACUCAAGGGGUAACUGGGGAUCAAACUACGACUGGACACAGCAGUGUUGAGGGAAAUUCUGGAAAUCCAAGUUCCAUUCCAGUUAUGUCAAUGAGUCAAGGGGUUGAUUAUAGUCAUCCUCUGUUCUUGAGUCCUGCUGAUAUCAGUGGGGUUAAUCUGAUUUCAUUCCAGCUUACUGGAAUUGAGAACUAUGCUUUGUGGAGUAGGUCGAUUAAAUUGGCACUACUUGGAAGAAACAAGAUUGGUUUGGUAGAUGGAUCUUGUAAGCAAGAAGAUGUAAGUGCAGAAUUAAGAGGUCAGUGGGAAAGGGUGAAUGCCAUUGUUCUCUCAUGGCUUCUAAAUUCUGUGUCAAAGAGUUUGCUAGGAGGAGUAGCUUUUGCAUCAUCAGCUCAAGCUGUGUGGAAUGACUUAAAAGAAAGGUUUGAUCAAUUAGAUGGAUCAAGAACCUUCAGUCUACACAAAGAUAUUGCAACGUUGCAACAGGGUACAGAUUCUGUGUCUGUAUACUUUACAAAGCUAAAAACAUUAUGGGAUGAAUUUGAGACUUUGGUACCACCUCCUGGAUGUAAUUGUGAAAAGUCAAGAGGUUUUGUGGAUCAUCUAAAUCGCCAGAAAUUGUAUCAGUUCCUGAUGGGAUUGAAUGAGUCAUUUGGACAAGCAAGAAGUCAGAUCUUGCUGAUGAAUCCUAUUCCUACAGUAAAUCAUGCCUAUGCUAUGGUAGUAAACGACGAAUGUCAAAAGAUGGCCUCAAGUAGGUCGAGUAUAGGCCUAAGUUCUAUGGGUAGUACUGGAAUGGACCCUCUGGCAAUGUACUCAAGAACUGGUGGAGGCUCUAGUUCCCAAGGUGUUAACAAGUUCAAGAGGAACUUUCAAGUGGUGUGUGAUUUUUGCAGAUGCAAGGGACACACUAAGGAUCAGUGUUAUAAGCUAAUUGGGUAUCCAUCUGAUUUCAAGUCAAAAAGGAAAGUGAAUACUAGUACAGGAACUGGAGCUUACAUGGUUGGAAAUGAUGUUAACAGCACAAGGAAUGAUUAUGAGGAUGUGUCUGGUAGAGUUUCUUUCAAUUAUGGAGGUAACACUAAUGUACCUGUGAAAAAUCAUAUGAGUAAUAUAGAGGAAUGUUCAAACCAAUUACAAGGGUGUAAUUUCACCAAAGAUCAGUAUAGUCAAAUUCUCCAAAUGCUGAAACAGAGUCAAGGAGGUGGACAAAAUUCAGAAGAUUCAAGCCAUGCACAUGAAACUCAGGCUAAUACUGCAGGAGCUUUACACUGGCAAUGUGAGGGAAGUUAG